UGGCAGCUGCAGGCCACCCGCUUCUUGUGGACCGACCUUGCCCACGCUGCUCCGUGGACGCUUUUCUCCAGUCCCUGGGAGGCGCCCGGUGACGCAAUUCCUGAGACUACCAAUCCCGUGCUGUGUGGAGGGCGGGCACUUCAAAUUUGAAUUUUCACAGUCUCGUCGGCGACAGGAAACUUCUUCCGAAGUAGGUCAGGGUUUCCAGGGAUCCAGCCGCUGCGUGGGGCGCUGAGGCGGUUUCGAGGCCGGAGCCCUGGAGUGACCGGCUCUGCUUCGUGGGAAGCAGAGCCAGGACGCUGCAGUCUGGCCCAGCCGCGCCCUUUCAUUCCAAGGUUUCUUUGGGCCUGGCUGAAGUUCUAUCCUGAUUGUGCUUCAGUGAAUUUUUUAUUAGAAGACUUUGUUACUGCUGUCUUGUCAAGAUGAUCACAACACCUUUGAAACGUCCAGGAAUUCACUUGUCUUCAGAAACAUUUCAAAGGAGAAAUAUGCCCAUGGAUGCGAUCUUUUUUGACAGCAUUCCUUCAGGCACACUUACUCCUAUAAAAGAUUUGGUAAAAUAUCAGAACUCUUUAGAAUUGAGUGACCAUAAAAAGAAUCAGUUCCUAAAAUUGACAACUUUCAACAAUAAGAAUAUACUUCAAUCUACCAUGCUAACAGGGGCUACCACCUCUAACAGUUUUCUUGAUAUCAGUGCUAUAAAACCCAAUAAGAAUGGAUUUAAAAAUAAAGCUAAGUAUGAAUCACCAGGGAAAAUAUUUCAAAGAAUGAAAGAAAAAGUACUGCGUGAGAAGCAAGAAUCAGCAUCAAGAAACAGUAGUUUAUUGGAACCACCAAGAAAUGAAAGUAAUAAAAUCUUCACUUCUAACAGAGCUGAUAAAAGACUAUUGCAACAUACCUUCCUCUGUGAAGAAAAGGAGAACAAAUCAUUCCAAUCAGAUAACAGUUCAAUAAGAGAAAAAGAAAAAUCAACCUCAUUGCAAGAAGUGCCUCUAGAAUCAUCAAAUAGUAUUUUGCUUCCUGUCAAACAAAAGAUUCAGUGCCAGCAGGAAAAGAAAGCACCUUUACAGAAUUUAACUUAUGAACUUUCAAUUCCGAAUCAAGAACAUGAAAAUUUUUCAGCUCCAGGAGUCUCAAACAAGGCAUUAACUAGAGCUCAAUUGUCUAAACAAAUUCUUCACGCAGAGAAGAAUACAUUUGUGACCUCUAAGUCCAAAAAGAACACAUUUGUUUUAGAAGGCAUUGAUUCUGUCUAUGAAAAAUCCCAAAAUGUUGAGACUCUGAAUACUAACUGUGUUUCUAUUGAAAAAGGCAGUCAAUUAAUGGUUACUGAUAAUGAUACGACAGGAGAGGUUUCACAACAGGAAGUUAAGCAAGAAAGUGAAAAAAUGGUGCCGAGAGAGACUGUUCUAGGUUCCAUGAGAGAUACGUGUAAAAUAGUUCUUGCAACUCCAAGAUUUCAUAUAGCAAUACCUCGGAGGUCAAAAAGAAAUGUUUCAAAGCUUUCACCUCCAAGUAUAUUUCAAACGGUUACAAAUGAAGUUAAAAAAAAUAAGGUAGUCCAACUACAAGAUUGGAUGAUUAAAAUAAUCAAUGAUAAUACUGCUAUAUGUGUAGAAGGAAAAUUGACAGACAUCACUAACAUAUAUUGGCACAGCAAUGUAAUUGUAGAACGGAUUCAGCACAACAAACUUAGGACUUUAUCAGGCAACAUCUACAUAUUAAAAGGAAUGAUAGACCGGAUUGCCAUGAAAGAAGCAGGAUAUCCCUGUUUUCUCAUAAGGAAAUUUAUGUUUGGAUUUCCAAAAAAUUGGAAGGAAUACGUUGAUAAUUUUCUAGAACAAUUAAGGAAUGGUGAAAAGAACAAGGAAAAGUCCAGACCUAAACAGAAAACUGGAAGAUUUGUCCCAGACAUACAAAAAUCAAUGAAAAAUGAUGCAGGAGAAAGUCAAAUAGAUGUCCUCCAAAAAGCUAGUACCACAUAUGACCUUGAUUGUGAUAACUUGGAACUUAAGAAUAAGUGCCAUGGAUUGCCAGAAGCUACGGAGUUAAAUAUUUAUCAUAUUAAUUGCCAAAAUAACCCAACAUUAAAGCUCCCAGAUGGCAGACUAAGCAAUACUACUAAAAAUGGAAGACAUGACUUCUGUAAUCACGAAUUAACUGGCAAAAAGGAGUCUAAAAAUUUGUUAUCAGAGAAACUUGAAAAUUGUGAAAGAACAAGUAAAAGAUUUAUUAAAAGUCAGAAACAAGAGGGCAUGUGCACUCAUCGGAGAGACAGGGAGACAGAGAGUGAUGAAGCACACCCCCCAGAGAGAACUGAAGAAUUGAAUGUGUCUAUUGAUAUUCUAACCUCAAGAAAAGAGAUUUUUUCAGAUGAAGAAAGAAAAUACAUGACUGUCAAUCAGAAGGAAGCUUAUAUUUUAGUAACACCACUUAAAACUAAAAAGCUGAUAGAGCAAAGAUGCAUGAAGUAUAAUCUGUCCUCUGACUCUGUUAAAACAAUAACAGAUUUUGUAGCACCCAAGAGUCAAAAAGAAAGAGAAUCAGACUUAAAUAAAACUGUAAGUCCCAUCAAUAAGCCCACAGGGACUUUAGAAAAUACGUUUGAGUAUAAUGUGAAUCAUGAAAGUAAAAACAAGGAAGAUUGCACUGAAUAUGAUAUACUCACUGUCAAUCAUAAAAUAGAAAUACCUGACUCUAAAAAGGAACAAAUGGUCACCUCUGACUUUAAGAUAAAUACCAGGUUGUUACCACAGUUGAAGAAAACCCAAAAGCAAGGAGCUAGGCCAUUUUACAAGCAUCAUUUUUCAUCAGAUUUGUCAAGUGAAGAGAGUGAAACUGAAAAGGAAAUUAGAAGAAAAGCUAGAAUUGUUAAGAAAACCAGAGCAAGAAAUACCAAAGAAAGAAUGAUUCACCUUAGAAAAAGCACAAGAAACACAAGAAAUACUCCAGUGAUUUCAGAAUCAGAAACUGAACAAAGUGAAAAUGAGUUUCAUAUCAAGCAAAAGAAAGUUAGAUCUGAAGAAAAUCUUAAGCAAUCUGAUGUUAAGAAUGAGUUUCCAAUAACUGAGGUGAUGGGAACUGACAGGAUUAACAGUCAUCUCUCAGAAUGUUUACCUGGUUUCACUCAGGAUGAGGAAUGGAAUGAGAAGGAAGUAGAGAAGCUUCAUUGUGCUUUCACAUCUCUUCCAAAACACAGACCUGGUUUCUGGUCUGAUGUAGCUCUGGCUGUAGGUUCUCGAUCUGCUGAAGAAUGCCAGAGGAAGUACAUGGAAAAUCCCCAAAGAAAACAAUCCAAGAAACACGUCUCUAGAAAAAGGCCAGCAAAUCUCAAAAUUCAAAAUGGCAAGAGAGGUGAUGCAGAUAAGAAGCAAACUGUUAAGAUAACUGCCAAAGUGGGAACUCUAAAAAGGAAGCAACAGAUAAGGGAUUUUCUGGAACAGUUGCCAAGAGAUGAUCACGAUGACUUUUUCAGUACAACACCUUUACAGAAACAAAGAGUACUGUUGCCAAGUUUCCAAGACAGUCAAAAUGAUGAUGAUAUUGUGCCGAACAUGGACAAAAACCCAACAACUCCAUCAUCAGUUAUCUUUCCAUUGGUAAAAACACCUCAGUGUCAGCAUGUCAGUCCAGGCAUGCUAGCCUCUAUAAAUAGGGAUGAUUGUGAUAAAUAUGUUUAUCGUAUGCAAAAAAAUUAUAAAAGUAAUGGUGGCAUUGUCUGGGGCAACAUCAAGAAAAAAACAGUUGAAACUGAUUUUUCAACUCCAACAUCCAGAAGAAAAACCCAGUUUAACAAAGAUUUAGGAGAAAACUCUGGUAUUGGAAAACUUUUCACUAAUCCUACUAUGCAGUCUUUAGAUGAAGAAGAGCAAGAUUAUUAUUUUUCAAACUCUGAUUCUGCAGAGUAAAACUAUUUCUAGGAUCUUUACCAUAGACCAGAGUAUUUGGACCUUCACUGGGAGUACAUGUUAUUUUCUUUAUAACACAGCUUCAUAUGAAAAUGUGAACUCUCUUCAAAGGUUUCAUGUGUUUAUAUUCAAAGCAAAAUAUCCUAUACUUGUCAUUGUUGCAGCUUACUAAAAAUGUAAGGAAAAUUAUUUUUCUCUUAUAGAUGUUUGUGAAUGUUUUUCCCAUAUUAAAAAAUAUAUACAGAAGUCUCUUAUAGGCAUCUCAGUCUGUUUACUUGAAGAAAAUCAUGCCUUAGCCAACCAAAUUUUUUAAAAGCUUUCAAGAAAAUGUUUCUAUUCUUAAGUGAGGGAAGGAACAGGAUGAGAGAUUGUUGGUAGCUGUGAAAACUUUCAAGUUAGCAUUUGUUACCACUUGGUAUACAAGCCAGUUGAUCCAACAUUUAAAUUACAUCGUUGAAACUACUUGAUAUUCUUCUCUCCAGUUGUUAAAACUUGUGGUUGGAGUAUCUAUGAAACCUAUGUUAAUUUAUUACUUAUUCAUUAAUUUAUUAGUUAGAAGAUAGAUUUUGCUGCAUUCUUAAGCCUUAUUUGCAUAAGCAAAUAUAGAUUAAUUUCAGUCUCAUUAUUAGACUAAAUUAGAUAUUCAGGUAAUAGACCCACUUAUAAGGAGUCAAGUUAAUAUGUUUUGUCAUAGUAAACAUUCUUUUCCUUUCACUGAUAGCUUAUUUAGAAAUUUUUUUUAGCUUCUUCUGCCACUACGUUUUAAAGUUUUGACACAGAAUGUUUUUCAUCCGGUUACAGGUGUACAUUAAUCUA